AUGACUCUCAAAUACCUCAUCACAGGAGCGACUGGAGGCCUUGGAGCAGGAGUUCUAUCCUACCUAGUUGCAAAUGUCCCCGCCUCAGAAUAUGCAGCAGCGUCCUCGAAAGAGGAAAAUCGCAAACGAUUCGAAGACCAAGGAAUCGCAUUCCGAGUAACAAGCUAUGACGACCCUCAGACCUUAGAAACCGCAUUCGAGGACGUGGAGAACCUCUUCUUCGUAAGCACCAACACAUUCGAUGUUGAGAAGCGGCGAAAACAACACCAGAACUUCGUGGACGCAGCGAAGAAGAUGAACGUGAAACACGUGUGGUAUACAUCCCUGGCCUUUGGUGGCUAUGGUUCGGAUUCCAAAGCAGAUGUCCAACAAGCCCAUCUCAUGACAGAGAACAUGAUGAGACAAGCUGAUAUUAACUUCACCUCCAUUCGCGAGGGUCUAUACACGGACGCCUUCCCAGUAUUCAUGGGUUGGUAUCCGAGCACAUCGACCGUUUAUCUCCCUUCCGACGGACCGGUGGCCUUUACACUGCGAUCAGAGCUAGGCGAGGCCAAUGCACGACUGAUGAUUCGCGGUGGGCAUGAACGGGAGACGGUACUCCUCACUGCACAGCAGACCAUCACAUUCUCCGAGAUCGUGAAUUUAAUCAACGAGACGACUGGUCGCCACGUGCAGUUCAAGCUUGUUUCCCCGGAGGAGUUCGUGCAGUUGAAAGCGGCCGAAGAUGAGGGUGGGAAACCCGAGGGAUUCUUUCGAGCGCUGGUUUCGUGGUAUGACGCUAUCUCAAAGGGGGAAACGAGCACUAUUGAUCCACUCAUGGCGGAUGUGCUGGAACGGCAACCCGUACCGCCGCAUGAGGCUCUUCGGGCUUUUUUGACGGAGAAUCGGGACUAUGAGUGGCAUCAGAAUUAUGUUGAUCGCGGUUAG